AUGCCAGCAGCAAAAAAGAAACCCAAGGGCACGACCGGACCGUGGUCUUCGUCGCGGAUCUUGAAUUCGACCUCCCCUGUGGCUUCGAUGGACAUUCAUACUUUCCUCGUUAACUGCAUAUCAGCUUGGGAUGAGAAGUAUGACGAGGCUCAGAAGCGUGCUAUCAUCGAUAGCUUGCCCCGACCGUACCGGAAAUACGAAUUCGACGGGUCUGGCCACUUGAUCUGUCCCGUUUCCACCGGAUUUCUGCUCGAGGACCCCUACUUCAAAAGUGCCAUUCAGAAAUUCAAGACCAACCUCAUCGACGGAUUGUACGAGAAGGGGUGGCAGAAUCAGGCUCGGACAGCAAUGCAGGAAAGAAGCGAAGGAAAAUUUGACACAUAUCUACGAGAGAAGGCGGAGUGCGAGUUUGGAAGCUGCAUGGGUGCACAACAACGAGAUGAUGCGGCGGUUGACAGCCAUCAGAUCAACCCAGAGUCCAGCGACAGUGACGGCGAGUCGCGACUCGCGAGCGAUCUGAUUGACCAAAUAAUGACUUCACACGUGCCCCCAGCCUGGACCUCCGACCUCCCCGUUCCUCAUGACGGACCUUGGCCCUUGAGCGUCAAUCCAAGACACCCAAACCUCGAUGAAGAUACCGGCGCUUUCGGACAAAUCACCUGCUCUCACAAGAACUCUGCGUCGCGAUCUGUUUCCAAACAUGAAGAAAUCAUCAAGUCUUGCCGGACGGCCCGGGAUGUUUCGCUACCAAGCGAGAUUGCAGGGCUCGAAGAUUCAGCCGUGUCUUGA